AUGGUUCAGCCGACCGUCAUAAGGAGAGCCAACAAUGAGGCAGCCAAGCGUCGUGCGCCAUAUGCCCUGCGAGCGUGCGAAGCCUGCAGACGGCGCAAGGGCAAAUGUGAUGGGCGCCAACCGUGCCGGUACUGUACCAACAGAGGCCAGAGCUGUAAAUAUAAUACCAGUUUAACCUCUUCAGAUGACUGGCAAGCUCCUGCAGGGGCCGAUGCAGACCAGGUUGAUGCUACACAAGACUCGAGAGGGGGAAGCACAUCAUCUGCGCGAUGGAACCCAGAAACCAUAGCGUCAAUGCUGUGUUCUCUUCAAGAACAGCUCGACAGCCUAAAUUCCCGCAUUCAGACCCCCAGCCUGAAUCUCUUACCUCCUCAGUCACCAAACGAAGCCGCUCCAGAGGACAAUCACGAUGAAAAUUUCAUGGCUACAUUUACCAACGACGUCGACUCUAGUUCGCAAGGUGGCGCAGACGUUGCCUCAAAGCCUCUGGGUAAAGCUGCGUCUCCUCACUUUGUUGGGCCAACCAGCCCAGACUACAGUCUGAAUGUGGCCCAAAUAAAGCUAUCAGGCCCAUCGCUACAGCAUCAGCAACCCCGGCUUGCUUUUAUCCACCAAGAUACAGUCGAUCAACAAGAUCCUCCAUCCGAAGAAGAUGCUCUUCAUCCUACCGACGAUGUCGAUGUCUUUGACACAUCAUCAGCACAUAGCGAUAAAGACCAUGCAAAGUUGCUACAAUUCCGAUCCGUGAUCGGUUUACAAGAAACUCUCCGGCUCUUGCAUGUGUAUCAGGAGGUUAUCGGAGAGCUCCAUCCAAUUGUCGACAUUGACGAACUUGCUUCGCAAGCUCCGUCUUGUUAUGAAGAGUCGGACUCUGGAAUAUGUGAUCUCUUCAAUCGGGGACCAUGUGAGGUUUCCGAAGAGCAGCUGUUGAUCCUCAAUUUAAUUUUGGCAAUUGCUCUCCGUGCCGACUCAAACACCGCAAGCCACCAUACAGGAAUACUCCUUCGGCAAAGUUUCCAGGACAUAGUGAACGCUAAACUUGCCACACCAGCUUACAGUUUGAACCAUGUGAUAAUCAUUCUCCUCAAGGGCUGGUAUGACUACUUCAAUGAUAGCCCGCAAUCUGCUUGGCGAUUGUGCGGGAUUGCAGGACGAAUGGUAAUGGAGCUUGGUUUCCAUAACGGCGAGGUGUUCAAGCAUCUGUUGGACUCAGAGUCUCAACGGUCGGAGGCAUAUACAUUGAUAAGCACAAUUGUGGUUCUUGAUCGUCAGUGGAGUGCCUCAACAGGUCUUCCUACGCAUUUCCACGAAUCAAGGUUUAACCCGGUCCCCGCAACAUAUACCAUAAAUCCAUACCUAAAGGCGAUGCUCUCCUUUAUUCUAAUUAGCGACAAGUUUAGCGAGCCUAUUUCAAAGGUAGCCAAGGGGGAAAGAUACAACGACUACGACGCAUUCGAGUUAAUGAACUUCCAGAUCGAACAAUGGAGGAAGAACGCGGUUGGUGAAAACUCUUUAACCCAGGUUGAGACUUGGUCAACGGAUCCUUCAAGCAGGCCACCUACGUGGACAAUCCUUUUAAAUCUCCGAGCGGAAUCUGUGCGGAGCCUGCUGAUGAGACCAUUCUUCUUCUCGGAUGCCGACCCUGAGGCAACUAGACAGCAUAUCCGACCUGCAACAGACUUGGUAUACACUGUUGUUCAUGUUCUCUAUACUAUUGACAACACGACCAAUAUAUACCGCCAACAACACCCGUGCUGCCAGCAUCUUCUGGCGUCUAUUUCCGCACUCGCAUUUCUUCUAAUAGCGUACAUUGAGCAGAACCAAUCAACAUUGAUGCCAACUCUAACUCCAGACCUAGUCAGCUCUCUUAGCCACAGCUUUGAAAUGGCGGUGGCCUUGACGACAAGCUAUGUCGGUAUCUCAAAAGCAGCACGGAGAUUGGACAAGCGGUUAUCUGUAAUGCGGAAGAUCCUCACCACACUCGGAAUUCUUGACGGUGUACCCACUGUAGAAAAAGUUAUGCCAGGAAGAGCCAAAGAGAAAGUCGCACAUUUGACCAAUCCCGCUGCAAGGACUACUCAUAAGAAAACAAGACUGGGCCAGUCAGCGACGCAAGGAACCCAGUUGAAUCUUGAAUUCAACGCAGCGCCAUUUUUCCAAGAUCGGAUACCCGACACCGGAGGAUUUGGCAAUGACAUGUUGCCAAUAAUGAGUGAUGCUGAGUUCUCAUCAGGGUGGAUAGACGCACUUCGACUUCAAUGUCAAAACGGGGAUCUAAGCCAUAUGUUUUCCGAGGGUAAUGCAUUUUAA